AGAAAGAGUGAGAAAAAGACACCCGUUGGCUUUGGCCUGUGUCAAGUGAAUAUAUUGAACGUAUUUUGUUGGUGUUUUUAUUGUAUUAUUGUUUUUGUUAUGUUGCUUGUAUUGAGAAUCCUGGGUGUGGAGUUUUGGCAAAUAACAUCAAAAAUAAACUAGAUAAUUGCCAGGAUAAUUAAAUAAUUUUUCAUCUGAUUUAAAAACAAAAAAAAAAAACAAAUAUAUGUAUAUUUAUUAUUGGAUCAAUCAUAGUGGCUAUUAGUUAAAUUAUAGUUACAAUGCAAAAAUCAAAUUUUAUUACUGUCAACUUGAUUGUUGAUAAUUCAUCGUAGCAUCAAAUUAAUACCUGCUACAUUGUAUUUAUGUACAAUUUAUGUUGGAAAGAAACGAAGUCAACAUGCAGCAGGGGGACAAUAACUCGCAAGACAACUCCUUUGAUGGAGAUGAACGAGAAAGGCUGUGUAAAAUACCGAAGACAAGUGCUCCUGGUAAAACAGGAUCACAAUUUAUACCUGCAAAAACUCCACCACCACGCGAAGAAAUUCGUACUGCUCCAACUAAUGGAGUUGUACAACCACCAGUUACACCACCACCAAAUAGACCUGGUCGUAUGACAAAUCAACUUCAAUAUCUACAAAAACAAGUUAUUAAAUUAGUUAUAAAACAUAAAUUUGCCUGGCCAUUUUUACAGCCAGUUGAUGCUAAUAAACUUGGUUUACCGGAUUAUCAUAACAUUAUUACACAACCAAUGGAUUUGGGAACAAUAAAAAAACGUUUAGAAAACCAGUAUUAUUGGUGUGCAAAUGAAUGUCUUCAAGAUUUUCAUACAAUGUUUGCAAAUUGUUACCUUUAUAAUAAACCUGGUGAAGAUGUUGUUGUUAUGGCUCAAUCACUUGAAAAAAUAUAUACAUCAUCAGUUGCUUCAAUGCCUAAAGAAGAAAUUGAAGUUAAACCACCACCACCAAAAACUCCAAAAGGUAAAAAAGCUGGUCGUACAGCUGGCAGUAGUGGUAGUCUUGGUGGUAGUGGUAGUGGUACUAGUGCAUCAUCAGGUGGUAUACAAGUUGCUAGUGGAAUACCACAAGUUGGUAGUAAUAUACCACGUGGUCGUCCAUCAUUUAGUGCAUCAACAGUUAGUUCAAGUGUACCAAAUAAUAUACAACAAACAUUAGCAACAACAGCUGGUACAACUGGUGUAUUACCAAUACCACCAAUUGGUACACAAGCACCAAUAUCAGUACCAGGUAGUACAAAUACAACAACAAUUGCACAACCAACAAAUAUAACACAAAUGACAACACAUAAUUCAUUACCACAACAAGUUGUACCACCACCAACUGGUUAUCAUGCACAACCAGCAAUGGAAACACAACAAUCAUCAAUACAAUCUGGUACAACUGGUGUUAAUGUACAACAACAACAACAAGUACCAACAACACCAACAGUUAUGCCACCACCACAACCAGCUAAAGUUAAAAAAGGAGUUAAAAGAAAAGCAGAUACAACAACACCAACUGCAAAUUCAUUUGAACCGAUGUAUCAACCAAUGGAGGGCGGCAAGAGUGCUAAAAUACCAUCAGCAAGAAGAGAAUCUGUAAGGCAAAUUAAAAAGCCAUCGAGACAAGCAGAAGACAAUGGUCCAUUCCAUCAGGUUGCCAUGCCUAUGAUGGGGGUUAAUGCCCAACAGCCACAACAUACCGGUGGAAAAACAAAAGAAAAACUUUCAGAAGCAUUGAAGGCAUGUAAUGAAAUUCUCAAAGAAUUAUUUUCAAAAAAACACUCGGGUUAUGCGUGGCCAUUUUAUAAACCAGUUGAUGCUCAUUUACUUGGUCUUCAUGAUUACCAUGAUAUCAUAAAGAUUCCUAUGGAUCUAGGCACUGUCAAGGGUAAAAUGGAUAAUCGAGAAUAUAGAACAGCUCAAGAAUUUGCUGGUGAUGUGCGGCUUAUAUUCACCAAUUGUUACAAGUAUAAUCCUCCUGAUCAUGAUGUCGUUGCAAUGGCUAGAAAACUUCAAGAUGUUUUUGAAUCAAGGUAUGAAAAAAUUCCUGAUGCAACUCAUGGUGGAAUGAUUGCAGCAAAGAUUGAAGCUAGUAGUAGUAGUGCAAGUAGUUCUGGUUCUGAAUCAAGUUCUGAUAGUGAUGAUGAUUCUGAAGCAGAAAGACGUGAAAAAUUAGUUGCACUUCAAGAAGAACUUAAAUCAAUGCAAGGACAAAUAAAAAAAUUAGUUGAAGAAUCUGGUAAAAAAAAGAAAGCUAAAAAGAAGAGAAAAAAACCAGAAAAACCAAAAUCAAAAGCAUUAAGUAAACAACAACAACAACAAAAUGCAGCAAAUUUAGCAUUAUCUGCUGCACAUCAUGCUGGUGCCAUGAAAGAUUUAUUAAAACCAAGUAACAAUAUGACAGAUAGUGUUAAUGCAAGUAUUGCAAGUGUUGUUGGUGGUGCUGGUGAUAUAAAAAUGCCAAAUAUGGUUGGUGGUUUACCGAUGGGUAUGAGUGGUGAUCAUUCUGUAAUGGGUGUUAGUGGUAUUAAUAAAAAUCAUGGACAAAAUACAAAUACAUUAAUGGCACCUGGACCAAAACCAAAAGCAAAACGUGGUCCAAAUAAAACAACAACAGCUGCUGCUGCUAAAAGACCAAAAGCAAAUAAUAAAACAACUGGUACAAAAAAGAAAAAUACAACAAAUCAACCACCACCACCAGCAUUUGAUUCUGAAGAUGAAGAUAAUGCUAAACCAAUGUCAUAUGAUGAAAAACGUCAACUUAGUUUAGAUAUUAAUAAAUUACCUGGUGAUAAACUUGGACGUGUUGUACAUAUUAUACAAUCACGUGAACCAUCAUUAAGGGAUUCAAAUCCUGAUGAAAUUGAAAUUGAUUUUGAAACAUUAAAACCAUCAACACUUAGAGAAUUGGAAAAUUAUGUUGCAUCAUGUUUAAGAAAAAAAGUACAUAAAAAAGUUAGUGGUAAAUCAAAAGAAGAACAAAUGGCUGAAAAAAAACAAGAGCUUGAAAAAAGAUUACAAGAUAUGAGUCAAAUGGGAAAUUCAAAUAAAAAAACUACGAAAAAAGAAGAUAACAGUAAAGUUGCUGAUGCUGUUGGACCUGGUGGUACAAGUGGGCCAUCAGCAAGACUCUCAGCAUCAAGUAGCAGUAGCAGUGAUAGUGAUUCAAGCAGUAGUUCGUUAUCAUCUAGCUCCAGUGAUUCAAGCGACAGUGAAGCAGGUAAUUCAGUAAAUCGUCCACCAAGAAAGAAAGCCAAGAAACCAACACCUGGUGCUGGACCAAAUCCUGGAAAUUCAACAUUACCACCGGGAUUGACAAUAAGUCACAGUGGACCCAAUCUUAUGAAUAAUCAAAUAAGUGUAAGUGGCAUGGGAUCAGUUCCAAAACAAGUUGUAACACAAUCAAAUGCUGCAAUGCCCUUGGAUCAAGGUAAUAAUCAUCAAGCAAUGAUGGGAUUAUCAAUGACACAUAAUAUUCCUGGAGUACCACCAGUUGUUAGUCAUUCUUCAAUGCCACCACAACCAACACGACCAACAUCAAUGGCAACAGCAGCACCAGUUAAAAAAUUAACACCACCAAUACAAACAAAUUCAUCAAAUCCACCAACACCAUCAAUAUCAGUACCAACACCACCACCAAGUGUAACACCAACAAAUACCGAAACAGCUAUUCCAUCACCAGGUAUUAUGAGAACACCACAAGGACAAACAAAUGUUGGUUUUCCAAUUGUAAAUCAUAUUACAAAUGAUACAUCAAUAAUUAAUCAACAACAAUCUGAUAUUAUGCAGCCAUAUAAUUCUCUAGUAGCAGUAACAACACAAUCAAAUAUAAUUAGUCAUAAAAAAGAUAUUCAACAAUCAUCACAUUUAACAAUGGCACCAAGUAUUCAACAUAAUACAACACAAUCAUCAAAUAAUACAAAUUUAAAUAUGUUACAAGAUAUUAAAAAUUCAGCUAAUUUAUUACCAACAACAAAUAUACAGUCAAAUGUUGGUGUUACUAAUUUUAAUAUGGCUAAUAUGGGAUUACAAAAUCUUGGUACACCAAUGUCAAUACAAAAUCAAUUAGAUAGUAUGUUGAAUACAACAAGUCAACAUUCAACAAUGCAAAAUUCUCAUAAUAUGACAAUGGCAACAUCGCAACAUCAAUCAUCGCAUCAUCAUCAUCAACAACAACAACAACAGCAUCAACAACAACAACAGCAAUCACAACAUCAUCAUCAGCAACAACAGCAACAGCAGCAACAACAACAACAACAGCAGCAUCAGCAGCAACAACAACAACAGCCAUCACAACCACUACCACCGCAACAACAACAACAACAAAAUUCAAAUGGUUUUUCAAAUGUUAAACGUGAAAAUUCACCACCAAAUAUUAUGACAAAUAAUGGUAUACCUGGACUUAAUAUUAGUGGUAUGGGUAUGGGAAUGGGUUCAAUAUUUGAUCCAUUACCAACAAUGGUACCAACAAUGUCAAUGCAAAUGCCACAAUUAAGUGUUAAAAAAGAAGAAAAACCAACGAUAUCAUCACAACCACAAAUGUCUCAUAAACAACAAAUGGAUGCAGGAAGUUUCUUUGCAGAAAUGAAUUCACUUGGUAUGCCACAAAUGCCCAAUCAUUCUGGCUCACAACAAAUGUCAUCUGAUAAAAAAAUGACAAUGCCUGAUACAAAAAAUACAGCUAAUUUUGCUUCUGCUUUUAAAAAUAAGCAAACUGCUGAACAAAAUGUUAAAAAUGCAUCAUCAUGGUCUUCAUUAGCACAAGCAUCAAGUCCACAAUCAGUUGCAUCAAAUAGUUCAAAAAAUUUUGCACGUGAUUCAUUUCAAGCAUUUAAAAAACAAGCUAAAGAAAAACAAGAUAGACAACGUGCAUUACAAGAACAACAAGAAUUACGUAAACAACAAAAAGAACAAGCUGAACGUGAACGUUUACGACAAGAAAAUGAAAGAAGAAGAGAACGUGAAGAAGAAGAUGUUUUGGAUACACAAUCAUCAAUAUUAUCAACAGCAUCAUCAAGAGGUAGUGGUAAUGUUGGUAGUGAUGAAAUGAGAGUAUCUGUUGAUACUGAUAGUAGUCCAAGUCAUUCAUCAGGACAGGAUAAAGCUGCUGCUGAACGUGAACGACAAAGACAAAAAGAACAAGAACGUAGACGUCGUGAAGCGAUGACAAACAAGAUUGACAUGAACUUGCAAAGUGACUUGAUGGCUGCAUUCGAGGAAACAUUAUAAUGACUGCCGGAUAAACCAUGCCCAAAUAAUUGUCAAAAAUGAUUAUAAAUCAUCAUUAUUAAAAAGGGAUGGAAAGAUUCUUUUUUUUUUUUUGCUUUGUUUUAUAUUUACAAAAAUAUAAAUUGAAUAAAUUUACCCAUGAUGAGGACAAUAUUGAUAGUCAAAUAUUUGACUAUGAAAAUAAAAUAAGUUAAAUGAAUUAUAAUCAAGAUAAUUGAUUGAUCAAAAUUGGUGAUUGUGACUAUCACUAUUAUGAAUAAAUAAUUAAUAGUUAUUCAAUGUUGGUUGGAACAUUGAAAUAAAACAAAAAAAAACAAUUAAAUUAAAGUUCCAACAUGUUGAGCUUGGUGUAAACUCAAUUGAUUUUUCAGUAAAUGAAUUAUAUACAUAUAUAUGUAUACUGAUGAACUACUGAUAAAAAUGAAUUAGUCUAAUUCAAAAAAAAAAAAAAAAAACAAUAAAGUGUUUGUGUAAAUUGACGGACAUCAAAAGUGUGUGACAAUGUAAAAAAAAACAAAAAAAAUAUAUAUAUAAUGAUACUUGUGAGACGUAAUUAUUGAAUGAACAUUGUCUUUUAGUAGUUUGUUCACUUGUUUUUUUUUUUUUUUUUUCUUCUUUCUUUUUUUUUUUACCAUGUAAUAUAUAAAGAAAUAAAAUAAUAAAUUUACGAACAAUCAAGUUUAGAAAAAUAAUUAAAAUAAUAAUUAUGACAAAAUAAAAACAUUAGUAAUAAUAUUGUGAAACAAUGAGAGCGUGCGGUUGUAUGAUAGAGUGUUAAAAAUUAUGAAAAAAUAAAAUAAAAGAAUGCAUUAAAAUAAAAAAAAAUAAUAAAAAAUAGCAAAAAAAAAAAAAAAAAAUGUACAUUUAGUUAAGUUUUAUAUUUUUCCACAUUCAGUCAUAAAUAGUUGGUUAAUUAAAACAUCAAACCAAUUUAUUAUCCGUCGCCUGAUUUUGAGUUUACUCAUUAUGAGAAAAAAAAAAAAUAAAACAAAUAUAUAAAAUGUAUAAUUUACAUAUUUAUUUGUUUGUUUUUUUGAUUAUUUUUUCUUUUUUAGUUAUAUAAAUGAUUUUGUUUAUUGUUUCUUUUUUUUUUUCCUAUUCUUCUCUUAAUUAUUGAAAUGAUUAACACAUUUACUUGUGAUUGUCGAAAAAAAGGUAUUGGACUUGUUGAGUCAGUAACAUACAAGUAACAUACCUUUAUUCGAAAAAGUUAAUUAAAUAAAUUCAAUUUGAGUGAUAAUAUCACUUGUGUUUUUAAUCAAUUCUUGAUCAUAUGAUAAAUAUGAUAAUUUUAAUUUUGUAGAUCAAGAUGAGGAUAAAUAUAAUGAAAAACAAAUAAAAUAUAAAUAAAUAAAAUGAAUAAAAAUAAAAAACAAAUCCGUCAAUUAUUAUGAAAUUAAUUAUCGUAAAUUAAAUAUGUGUGGAGAUAAUAUUCAUUGAAUGCUUAUCCGUGUACCAAUCGUUAAUUUUAAUAUUAAUUAGGGUCUUGUAUACUAGACUUUAUUAAAAUUCCAAUCAUUUUGAUAUAAAAUAUAUAUAUAUAUAUCGUGAAAUAAAUAGAGAAGCAAAUCAUCGAUACAAAAAGUUUAAAAAAUAAUAAAACAACAAUUUAAGUAAGUAAAGAAAAUUUAAUCCAUGAAUUUCUCUUAUUUUUUUUUCAUAUUUUUUUAUAUUUUGAAAUUAUUUAUCAGCAGUUUAUUGGAAUUUCAAUAAAAUUCAUUUUAAAAAAAGUACAAAAAAUAUCAAUGUUUGGUUAACAAUGAAUAACAUUAAUUAUCAUCAUUCUUGAUAAAUAUAAAUGAAUAAAAAUUCACACCAGUUUAAAUUUGCAAUUUAAAUAUUAAAAUAUUAUCUAAUAACAAUGGUAUUAGUUUAAAAAAUAAAAAAACUGUAAAAUAUUAAAUUAUUUAGUUGAAUAAACAAUCUUAUUAUGUUUUUUUAUUUUAAUUUUUUUCUUCAAAUUUACAUUUUUUUUAAAUAUUAAUUUUGAUUAUUACUACUGCUUAUUUUCUUUAUUUUUAUUUUUAUUUUUUUUUUUAAAUUUUGAGGUAUCUGUGCAAUGUACACGGCAAGUACAUGUAUUAAAUUAAUAAAAUACUAAACAAUAAAUAAACUAAAAUCAGAAAAAAAUUAUAAAUUUUUCUAAGACAAAUUACUUACGUUUCGAUUUUUUUUUUCAUUACAAAUUUUUAUUUUUUCUUGUAAUGUUAAUAAUAGUAAUAAUUCUUAGUAAUAAAAUAAUAAUCAUUUGUGAUUUUAUUUUUAUUUAAAUAUAAAAUAAAAAGAGCAUGCACGAUAAUAAUGUGUCAUAUUUUUUGCUUUACUUAAAUAAGGCGCAAUGAUAUAUAAAAAGAAAAAAAGAAAUGAUUAAGAAUUAAUGAAUAAAUAAAAAAAAUUACGAAUGUUAAAUUAAUAAAAUAAACAACAAGUUAAAUUACGUUUAAAUGUAUUGAAUAAAAAAUAAAAAAAAAUGAGUGUUUUAAAUGAAAAAAUAAAAAUAAUUAUAAGAUAAUAAUAGAUAGAUCAUAGAUUUAUAAGUGUAUAGAUAAAAUUUAUAUAAAUCAAUGUGAAAUUAUUAUAAAAAAAAAAAACAAAUAAUAAUAAUAUUUCUUUAUUUUUUUUUCUUUUUGUUAUUUUAUUUACUUGUCUAUUGUUUUUUUCUUAAUCAUUAAUUAUCCUUUGAUUUACAGACGAUUAGUACACGUAUAUUAUUGGCUGAUGGAAGCUAAAAAAAGUAAAUGUUUCAUUGAAUUUAAAAAUAAAAAUAAAACUCAGGUAAUCGACUUCAUAAUAAGGCGG